AUGCUUGGCUAUCUUCUUGGAGGUACAUCUGUAGGUUUUUUAUCCUUCUAAGCAUAUAAAAAGAGGCAGGCAAAAAAGAAGGCUGAUGAAAUUAGCGAAUAAGUAUAAGAAAAUAUUCUCUCUCCACAUGAAUGGAGUGAAGGAGAAGAUGUUUACUUUCUCCAAAGUUAGCUUUUUAGUAAAUAGUUGGAAGCUAAUAACAUCUCGGAUUACUAAAGGAAACCUUACUUCUAGAAAACGAGAGAGAUUAUUUCAAAGACAUUCUUGUAGUUUAAAACAAACUAAAUGAAUCUAUUCUAAAAAAAAACUAAUGAAAAUAAUAGCAUGUAAGAUCAAAAUCAUAUUCUUAAUGAUUAAAAGGAAUUAGGAGAAGAUUAAAAGUCAAAAAACCAAACCGAAAACCUGAUGGAACAAACAAUAAGGUCAACCGGUUUGUAAAAUAUUUACUUGAAGUUUUUGCAUAGCUAUAAGAAAAAAAAUGAUGAGAAGUAACUUGAGUAGUUUAAAAAAUAAAUUAUUUCUCCUAGCUAAACAAGAAAAGAGUCAAGUCCUUAAAAAAUAAAAAGAUCGCCUUCUCCUAAGUCAUCUCCAAACCAUUUAGCCACUUUUGAGGAGAAUGACUUGAUAUCGAAAUAAAAUUCUCUUUUUUCAUAUAUAGAAGGUUCAUAAUAACAUGAAGUAGACAAUAACAAUCAAGUAUUGAUCCCUAUAAAACAGUUUGAAAAUAACUUUAAUGAAUCUAAAAUUGGAAAAAAAUCGAUUCUAUAUACUGAAUAUAAAGGAAAUAAGCCUUCUGAAGCUCUUAAAGAGUUUCUCAGUAAGUGUGAGAAACAUUUACCUAUUAAAAAUGCCAUGAUAAUUAGUUAUUACUUUGGUUAAGGAGAUCCUACCUCUUACGUAAUUGCUGUUGAAUAUAACCCUGCGGAGAAUGAUGCAUUAUCAAAUAUUUAUAGCCAAAUAGAUGGAGCAAAAAAAGCCGAGUUAAAAAAAACUGAUGCUUUUAAAUUUGAUUAUAACCUAUAAAAAUAAAACUAUAGCAUGGAUUCUUAGACAAAAGAGCACAAAAUUUAACUAAACAACUGGCUUGAAUUUGGUGCUAACUAAAAUUUAAGAAAUAUUUUAGAGCAAGAAAUAGAAAGUAAGAUUCAUAUCAGUGGCGUGAGACAAAUGAAAUAUAUAGAAGUAUUCUCUUUAGAUGAAAAUAAAAAUAUAACAAGCUAUCAAGUUUAAGUCCCAUAUGGGUAAAACGAAUCUGCUUAUGAUUUGAGAUCUAAAAGUUAAGCCCAAGAUAUUUAGUAUCAUGACUCUUUCAGACAAUAUGAUAUAUACUCUAAUAAGGCUUAAUGA